AUGGCGAAAAGACGUACGAAGAAGCGGACUCAUCUCCAGGCUGGAAGCAAUAGCCAUGUAGCUCCCAAAAAUGCCUCCGCGUCAAUGACCAAGUCCCCAAAGAGUAUGGUGAUUCGGAUGGGCGCUGGUGAAGUUGGACCAAGUGUUAGCCAGCUGGUGAAGGAUGUACGGGCAAUGAUGGAACCUGACACAGCCAGCCGCUUGAAGGAGCGGAAAUCGAAUAAACUGAAGGAUUAUACCGUCAUGACUGGGCCCCUUGGAGUGACCCAUUUGCUUUUAUUCUCAAAGUCGAGUACAGGAAAUACGAAUUUUCGCCUUGCCCUUGCCCCCCGCGGACCUACGCUACACUUUAGGGUUGAAAAUUAUUCGCUCUGUAAAGACGUCGUCAAGGCAUUAAAGCAUCCCAAAGGAUGGGACAAGCUUCACCUAACGCCUCCAUUACUCGUGAUGAAUAACUUAAUGUCUUCGAAUACAGACAACGAACAUUUCUCGAAAGCAGUUCCAAAACAUCUGGAAUCUCUUGCGACAACCGUUUUCCAGUCCCUAUUUCCCCUUAUCUCUCCUCAAACCACCCCGUUAUCUUCAAUUCGUCGCAUCAUGCUGUUAAAUAGAGAAUUAUCCCCAGAACAAACUGAAGAUGGUUCAUACAUUUUAAAUCUUCGCCAUUAUGCCAUCACAACCAAAAGGACUGGCAUACCAAAACGAAUUCGACGUCUGAACCCCAAGGAACAGCGACAUAGAGAUCGAAAGACUGGAGCUCUCCCUAACCUCGGGAAACUGGACGAUGUAGCAGACUAUCUGCUGGACCCAUCCGCGGCUGGAUAUACCUCUGCUAGCGAAACUGAACUCGACACUGACGCUGAAGUCGAAGUAUUGGAAAACACUGCGAAAAAGGUUCUGAAUAAACGCGAACUGCAACGUAUGAAGGGUGGCGAAAAGAGGUCAUCGAAACCUUCAGAUCCAAAUGUUGAAAAGAGGGCGGUCAAGUUGGUGGAAUUGGGUCCACGGAUGAAAUUAAAAUUGACCAAGGUUGAGGAAGGAUUGUGCGGCGGCAAAGUUUUGUGGCAUCAUGUACUGGCCAAGACGGAGGCGGAAACUAAGGAGCUGGAUGAGGCGUGGGAGAAGAAACGCAAGGAAAAGGAGCAGAGACGAAAGGAGCAGAAGGAAAAUAUUGAAAGGAAGCGGAAGGAAAAAAGGGGGAGAGGUAAAGGGGAUGCAAUUAAAGAGGGUGAAGAUGGCGAGGACGAUGAGGACCUCCAUGACGAAUGGGAUGGUGAAGACUUUGAUGAUGGUGAUGAAGACAUGGAGGACGCAUCCGCCGACUAUUAG